AUGACUUCAACUUGCCUCAACGACGGCUCCUGGGGACCUGGCGUCCAAGGGUGUCGAGGCGACUUUGACUUUACGCAGAAAUUCGAGCGUAUAUUUCUAUCUAUCAUACCGACUUCUGUGUUUAUUGCUUCGGCGAUUGCGCGAGUGGCUGUUUUGGCGCAGAGGGAGAGGAUUGUCAAUGGCGUGCUUUUGCAGUCGGUCAAACUUGCCUUUCUCGUCGUAUAUACGGCUACACAGCUUGGCCUCUUAAUUCUCAUCGUAACUGGGACUGCGGGUAUAGUUCACGACCUCUCUCUUGCGGGAUCAUGCCUCGCAUUCGUCGCAUCUCUCUUAGCAUGUGCGCUAUCAUAUAAAGAGCACUCAUGCGAUAGAAGACCAUCGACUUUACUCAACAUCUACGUUUUGCUUACACUUUUGUUCGACAUUGUGCAAACUCGCACAUCAUGGCUUCUCGUCAGUGGAUCAUCGCAACAGGCACGUCUGUUCACGGCUUCCGUCGUAGUCAAGGCCGUCAUCCUCUGUCUCGAAACAAUCCCCAAAACGAGAUGGAUUCAUUGGGUUGCAGAGGAGCAUAGCCCCGAGGAAUCGAGCGGGGUGUUCAGCGUUGGGGUGUUUGCGUGGCUGAACCAGCUCUUCGUUAGAGGCUAUCGAGGGGUUUUGAAGAUUGAUGAUUUAUACCCCCUUGACGAGAGCAUGGCCUCGAAUAUGCUGCAAAAGCGAUUUGCAAGGCACCUCCGGAUUCACCAAUACAACCAAGAGCCCAAGUCAGGUCUGUUGAGGGACCUGACUAGAACGCUCAUCGGUCCGAUCCUCCUCCCUAUUGCUCCCCGCGUCGCCCUCAUUGCCUUUCAAUUCUGUCAACCGUUCUUCAUUGACUCUACGUUGAACUAUCUUCAAGCCCCAGAGACCCCCAACUCGAAAAGUGUCAGCUAUGGUUUGAUCGGCGCCGCGUUUCUCAUUUACGCCGGAAUAGCAGUCUCCUCAGCCUUUUACGGUUAUUACAUGGAGAGGGCCACUUAUAUGAUUCGAGGCUGUCUGGUUGCUGCUAUAUACGAAAAGACCACGCAAAUGAAGAUCACAGCUGCCGAUGACUCAGCUGCAUUGACUCUUAUGAGCUCAGAUGUUGAAAGGAUUCUUAGGGGUGCGAAGGCCGCCCAUGACCUCUGGGGAAACCCUAUAGAGGUGGCUAUUGGGUGCUGGCUUCUCUACGGAAAGCUCGGCGCAGCAUUUAUCUCUCCUCUUGUCGUCAUUUUAGUUUGUGCCUUGUUGCUCUCGUGGUUAAUCACGUUAGUAGGCAAGAGGCAGAGCGAAUGGAUGAACAGGAUCCAAAACAGAGUCGGCUUGACUUCGAAUGCGAUUUCGCAGAUGAAGCUGUACAAGAUCUCAGGCAUCACCGGCCCUGUGGCGGAUCUUAUUCAGAGUCUUCGUGUAGGAGAGAUCAAGGUUGGAAACAGCUUCCGCUGGCUGUUGAUUUUGGCUGCGAUAUUGGGCUUUACACCUGUUGCUAUUUCACCUCCGGUUACUUUCGCUUUCACCUCGCGAGAGCUGAAUAUCAACACGCUCUUCACCUCGUUGUCGUAUAUCCUUCUCUUCACAACGCCUGUUGUGGCUCUCUUUCAGAGUCUGCCUGGUAUCUUUGCUGCUUUGACCUGUAUGGCUCGAGUGCAGAGAUUCCUUGCAGCGAACCCUCGCAACGACUUUCGAGAACAUCAAUCUGACCUGGUGUCCGAGAAGAGCUCUCCAGAUGAUGCUUCGGAAGUUGCUUUCUCUAUUGAGACUGGAUGCUUCGGAUGGGGAGGCGAGAAGAUGACCUUGAGAGACAUCAAUGUUUCUAUCCCUGCCCAUAAACUCACCAUUGUAGUUGGUGAAGUUGCUUCAGGAAAGACAACCUUUUGUCAAGCUCUUCUCGGUGAAUUACCUGUAUCUUCAGGUACGAUCAGGACCUUGAUCCCGUCCCACCGCAUUGCGUAUUGCGACCAGUCUGUCUUUCUCUACAACGGAACGUUUCGACAAAACAUCAUCGGCCACUGCGCCUUUGACCAGGCAAAAUACGACGAGAUCAUAGAAGCAACUAUGCUUUCUCAAGAUGUCGCGCUAUUACCGCAGGGCCACGAUGCAAAUAUUGGGAGCAACGGUAUCAUGCUUUCCGGUGGCCAGAAGCAACGUCUUAGUGUGGCACGGGCACUCUACUCUGAGGCGAAUUUGAUGAUCUUUGAUGACAUACUCAGCGGGUUGGAUUUGGGCACUGAAUCUGAAUUGUUCCGUCGCGUAUUUGAGGGUAUAACUCGUCGGAGGAAUGUCACCGUCAUUAUUUGUACUCACUCGGUGCGUCACUUGCCGCUGGCAGAUCAUAUCAUUGCUCUUGGUAACGGCACUGUGAUCGAGCAAGGGGAUUUCGCAGAGUUGAUGCGAAACAACAAGUACGUCCACAGUCUUGGUGUCAAGCACAGAGAUACAGAUUCCUCCUCGGAGAAUGAAAAGUCAGAACCAACAGUCCCUGCUCCCGCUGUCCGGACCGUGUCGUCCUCCGCAGUGGAGGCAGCAGAGGACAAAGCAAGGCAGCAAGGGGAUUUCAGUAUUUAUAAGCAUUACUUCCAAAGCGUUGGCACAUGGGCAGUCGUCGGUGUUGCACUAUCAGGAAUGCUAGCCGGUGCUUGCCAGAGUCUUUCCGGCGUGUGGAUGAAGUUCUGGGCCGAGGACGCCUUUGACAAAUCCUUCACCUUUUACGUUGGCAUCUUCGCUUUCCUGCGAUCAGGCUUUGUCGUAUUUUUAUUCUUCAACGGUGUCAUUACUUUGAUAGGAAUGACUGCCUCUGCAGGAACUGAACUUCAUCAGCGAGCUAUCCUUACUGUCAUCUCUGCACCAUUGAGGUUCUUCACGACGACUGACACUGGCGUGGUGACGAACCUCUUCUCUCAGGACAUGACCAUCCUCGACAGUGAAUUACCACUGGCACUUUGUAACUUCACUUUGGAUAUAUCAAUUACUAUAGGAUCGGCGUUUGUGGUGGCAUCUGCUUCUCCGUACCUCGCCGUCGGAUAUCCUUUCCUGGCCGGAAUACUCUAUUUUAUCCAGAUGUUCUAUCUUCGUACGUCAAGGCAGCUUCGACUGCUUGAUCUCGAGGCAAAGAGUCCCUUAUACUCGCAUUUUAGCGAUACUAUGAGAGGCAUCGCAACCAUCAGAGCUUUUGGAUGGCAACAGAACGACAUAGUAUACAACAACCAACUCCUCGAUACAUCUCAACGCCCUGCGUAUCUGCUAGCCAUGAUUCAACAGUGGUUGGCUUCAUCACUGCGUCUCAUCGUCACCGGCAUCGCUGUUAUCCUCGUCGCAUUGGCAACCCAGCUUCGAACCAACGCGGGUUUGACAGGUGCUAGUCUAAUCUCUCUCUUGACAUUCAGUGAGAUCAUGUCCGAUGUCAUCAAAAGCUACACAUCUCUGGAGACGUCCCUCGGCGCUGUCAGUCGUUUGAGGUCUUUCAGCGAGACCGUAGCGACAGAGAAUAUGCCUGGAGAAGAUAUCGAGCCACCCGAGACUUGGCCUCAAAAUGGACAUGUUCAGAUUGGCAAAGUGUCCGCUUCUUACGACGUUGACCAGGACGAAGCUGAGCUCAAUCUUGUACUGCGAGACCUCGAGCUAGAUAUCCUUCCAGGACAAAAGGUUGCGAUUUGCGGCCGUACGGGAAGUGGAAAGUCUACCUUGAUACUGCUCCUCCUGCGACUCCUGGAUCCUUUGUCAUCGUGUUCUACCAACAUGAAGAUCGACGACGUAAACUUGCAUGAGAUUGACCGCGCCUCUCUACGCAAGCGCAUCAUCUGUAUUCCUCAAGAGGCAGUCUUUUUACCAGACGGAAGCUCCAUCAAAGCAAACAUCGACCCUUACAACGCAGCUACCGACGCCGAGUGCUUCAGUGUCCUCAACACAGUCCGUCUAACUAACUUUGUCCACGACAAGGGCAGUUUAAACGCGGGCAUGAGCGCCGAAGAUCUAAGUGCUGGACAAAAACAACUUUUUAGUCUCGGCCGGGCAAUUCUACGUCGUCGAGUUCGCGAUCGGGGUGAGAAGAAACAGGGCGGGCUGCUUCUGCUUGAUGAGGUGAGCAGUAGCGUGGACAGAGCCACCGAUAGGGCAAUGCAGGAAAUCAUAAGAGAUGAGUUUGAGAGCUAUACUAUUGUCAUGGUUUCGCAUCGGCUGGAGAUGGUUAUGAAGUACUUUGAUAGAGUUGUUGUGCUUGACAAGGGGAGUGUUGUGGAAGAUGGUGGGCCGAGGGAGCUUGUUGAGAUGGAGGGGAGUAGGUUUGGAGAGCUUUGGGGUAUUGAGAAUGAUGGCAAGUCUGAGUAG